AUGCUCACGCUCGAGGACCUGCCGUUCGAGCUGUUGAUGCAUGUGCAUCUUCUGUCGCUGUCGCACGCCCUCCCUGUCGUCUCCCGCCACCUUCGAGCCGUGUUCGCCUCGACCACCGCGCACCACCGAGCCCGGUUCCUCCUCCUCCGUCACGACCACAAGACGCUGUCGCACGCCAUCAAGUACCCGACCUGCACCCUCGACGUCGUCCACGCCCUCGAGCGGCUCGCCAAACUGCGCGGCAAACGGCUCAAGUGCUCGACCCUCCCGCGACGACUCGUCAAGGGCCUCGGCAAGGGCGCGGCGGGCAAGGGCGCGGCGGGCAAGGGCGGCGGCCAGGGCGACGGCCAGGGCGACAACGACGGCGUCGACCUCGAGCUCAUCACGUACCUCCUCGACACGUACAACGCGUCGCCCAACAGCCACGACGGGUACCCACUCGCGCGCGCCGUCUUUGCUCGCCACCUCCCCCUCAUCCGCCUCCUCCUCCAGUACGGCGCCGACCCUGCGCUCAAGGACGGCUGGGCCGUCACGACCGCCAUCGCCAACGGCGACGCCGACCUCGUCAAGCUCCUCAUGGAGCGAGAAGUCGAGCGGGACGAGGACGACGGCGACGAGGGCCCGCUGCACGAGGUCGUGCUCGAGCGAGGCGGCGGCGGCAAGUCGUCGAAGAAGCGGCGCAGGGACAGCGGUGGCGGCGGCGGCAAGCGGCGGCGGGUGGCCAUGGGCGAUCGGUGCACGGCGACCAAGGAGAUGCUCGAGACGGCGGUCAAGGCCAAGCAGUGGGGCAUCGUCGACUACCUCACGGCGAAAGGAGCGCCGCCGAGCAUCAGCGUCCUCGCCAUGCUCUGA